AUCGCCCCAACCUUGCCGCAGAUCAGCAGCACUCACUCUCUCAGGACCACUAGUAAUCCGUCGUCGUCGCCAUGACUGUGGAGGUGUUGGUCAAGGCCGCCGCCGGGAGCCCGGACACGCUCGGCGACUGUCCCUUCGCACAGAGGGUGCUCCUCACGCUGGAGGAGAAGAAGGAGCCCUACCAGACGAAGCUCGUCGACCUGAGCAACAAGCCCGAGUGGUUUCUGGAGAUCAACCCAGAGGGGAAGGUGCCUGUGUUUAACAGUGGUGAUGGUAAAUGGAUUGCUGAUUCCGACGUAAUCACUCAGAUCAUUGAGGACAAGUACCCAACUCCAUCACUUGUCACCCCUCCUGAGUAUGCAUCAGUGGGCUCAAAGAUCUUCUCAACCUUCAUUGCGUUCUUGAAGAGCAAGGAUGCUACUGAUGGCACAGAGAAAGCACUUGUUGACGAGCUGGAGGCACUGGAUGCGCACCUAAAAGCUCAUGGCCCCUACAUCAACGGGGAGAACGUCUCGGCUGCAGAUCUGAGCCUGGGCCCGAAGCUGUUCCAUCUCCAGGUCGCCCUGGAUCAUUUCAAAGGCUGGAAGAUCCCCGAGACCCUGACUAGCGUCCAUGCCUACACCGAGGCUCUCUUCAGCCGGGAGUCUUUCGUGAAGACAAAGCCAGCGAGGGAGCACCUGAUCGCCGGAUGGGCGCCGAAGGUGAACCCGUAAGCUCCUGCUGCUCAGAGACCACCGUUCGUGUCUGUCAAGUCCUUAUCAGUAGUGGUAGUGAUGGGCGGUAGGCCUCCUACCUAGCCUGAUCGCCUGAUCUGGGUUGGAAUAAUGCGAAGCCUUGCUGGCUGUGGUUGUCGUAACGUGCACUUUCUGCGUGAACUUGUCUCCCUUCCUGUUCUGGUGCUACUAGAGUGCAUGUAUUGUGGCGUGAACCUGUUUUCGUGUCAAUAAUCGAGCUGCGGCUGUGAGCCUCUUCCUGCAUAAAAUUGAGAUUUGUCA